AUGCCACCAGUCCCAUUGAACGGCAAGGCCCACGUCUGUCGGCCAAUCACUCGAUCGAGGAUCCGAGGCUGCGUACAGCUCAGUACAAGAACGUGCAUUGAUGUUGCGGAAGAGACCGCUGUCACCACACGCGUUUCGGCCCUGCAGCCGCCAAGGACAAGAGUGCUUCGGCUGCGGGCCCGCUGCAAAGCUGGACACUCGUUCGGAGAAGGUUGGACAAUAAUAGACGAUGUUAAGCGCUGUUCGAUCUUUCCCCCGCGAUCCUGGUGCUGUCCGGUGACCUACACCGUCUGCAAGGCUGCAGAUUGCACGAUGUCAAGGCAAGGGAUUGGGCGAGUCGAUGCUGCGGCAAUGCUUUCCUCGGAGCCAGGCGACUCGUGCCUGUCAGUUGCCGCCAAUUUCCGGAACGGAGCGCCAUGCGAAAUACAUUGCCGCGAGCCGCGGCGUCCGUGUGUGGGCCCUUUUGCCGAGCGAGCACGCUGCUUGGGCUGCAUGCCCAUGCUUUUCCGCUUGCUCGUUUCUUCUCCUUUGCAUCUGCUCGAUAGUCACGUCGACGACGCCAGCAGCGGAGAGACACGCCGUUCGCACUCGACAGAGGUCAGCCGUCACCAACCGACUCGAUCGCAGUCGCUUCGUCUUGCGGGGAAGCGCUCGACUGAAGCCUCGGAUCAGGUGCACAGGCUAUUCCUGUCUAGUGCGACGGACCGUGCAAUGACACGCUACCACCUAUCAUCUGGCCAGACGCUUCUUAGUUCCUUGGCAGCCUAA